UGUUUGUUUGACAAAUGACAGUGACAUUCUGUUAUCACCGGCUAUCAGCUGUUGAAAACAAUAUUUUUUAGAAAUGGGAAUAUUUUCGUUUUUGAGACUGUAAAAAUAACUUUAAAUAGCUAUAUGGCUGAUACAAAACCUUACAAAUGUGUUAACUGCGGUGAAGCUGCAGCCGCUCUAUUUAGGAACUACGGACCAUCAGUAUUAAAACUUACAAAAUGUGAAGAAUGUAAAGGCGUGGUGGACAAGUACAUAGAGUAUGACCCUGUCAUAGUCAUGAUUGACCUUGUCCUAAUGUCCCGAGAGGCUCAGAGGCAUGUCAUCUACAAUAUAGAAUUUAAGUCAUACUGGAAACUGCUCAUCAUACUGAUAAUGUUGGAAACAUAUGGAGUGUGGCGCAGCGACAGUCUGUUCAACAUAGCUAUAAACACUAUGUGUGGUAUACAGACCAAUAAUACUGUGAAUAUGACACAUCUGAGUCUGCCGAUAAACUUAUCAGAAUCAGAAUUAUUGCGGAACAGCUGUCUGGCGUGGACACAUGAGGAGAAAACAGAAGAUAAUGACUUGUUUAUAUGGGAAAAAGACUUUUAUAUUCAGUUCACAUCUACAUUCCUAGGUAUUGUGAUGUUUAUAUUGACAGUGCAGAGUUUGAUGAAGUUGGUCAAACCAGUCACAUCACAAAGGGAAAUAUCAUUGACGAGGCUGUUGAAAGCGUUCUCGCUGGCCAACGUGAGCAUCCUGUUCACGCUGCCCAUGCUGGUGUGGGGCAACGCCGAGACCUCGCCGGACACGAGAACCAUACACUACACACUCGUGUUCCUCUACAGCUACGUUAUGUUCGUCAAUGUGUUUACAGUAUUAUACAAAUGCCCAGUAGUGGUCACAGCGCUAAUAUUGGCAGUAAGUAAUAUAGUAAAGAAUGCUACAAGUUUCCACAUAACACCACUGAUGAGAAGUUAUGCUUUAUAAAAAUAAACAAUUAGCAAUA